GAGCAAGAGAGAGCGAGAGAGGGAGGAGGGACACGAGCGGCACCGAGACUCCGUCUGUUUUCAGCUCCCAGUUCACUGUAGCUCCUCUGUCAGACAGUCUUCACUCAUCCACCAUCACACACUCUCAAACACGUCCACUCUCGCUAUACGACAGCUGACAACACCUUAUCAUUUGCUCAGUUGCACUGCAGACCCGCACAGAUUCAAAAGAGCAAAAGAAGAAGAAGAAGAAGAAAGAAGAAGAAGAAGGACUCAGUUUGUGCCGCACAGAGACGCGCGGGCACACCAGCUCUGAGGAGGCUGGGUCGAGGCUGGAGAGGGCGACUGGAGAAUGGAAUGGAACCUCAGAAGGAUGGAGAGUGAACUGAGGCACAUCAACCCGGACCUGCUGCAGCCCAGCAAGAGCUUCAAGAAGCCCUCCUCGGGCACCAUCACCCUCAAUGUAGGGGGCUUCUUGUACACCGCCCACCGGACCACCCUUGCCAAGCAGCAGGGGUCCUUUCUGGAAGAGCUGGCCAACGGCAAAAAGGCGGUCCAGCACACCGACUCCAUGGGCAACCCCUUCAUCGACAGAGACGGGCCAGUUUUUCGCCACGUGCUCAACUACCUCCGGACCGGGGAGCUCCAGCUGCCCGACGACUUCCGGGAGGCGGGGCUCCUGCGACGGGAGGCCGACUUUUACCGCCUGAGUGAACUAGUGGAGGCCGUGGUCGAGUGGGAGAGCCAAAGGGCGGCCCAGCGGGAGCCCGCUUUUUUGGAGGUGACGGACAGCCACGAGAGGUCACAGGGCCUCAAGGUGUACUGCAGCGACCCCGCCUUCAUCGAAAAGGUCAAAGCGCGGCUGGUGCAGAUCUCCAAGAGCCGCCUGGACGGCUUCCCGGAGGAGUUCGUGGUCUCGUCCAACGUGAUCCAGUUUCGGCACUUCAUCAAGUCGGAGCCCGGCUCGCGGCUCGUCCUGAAGGAGGACAGCACAUUCCUGUGCACGCUGGACUGUCUGAAACUAGAAACAGUGAUGCUGGCGCUGAGAUCGGGCUUCAAGCUGGUCACCAGCCUCGACAGCAGCAAAGGCUCCGUGGUGGUGGCCGAGGCCCUGCAUUUUGUCAAGUAGGAGAGAGUGGAAACAGAGGGGGAGAUAGAGAGGGAAGAGUGUAGUGCCUCCACUCCGCUAAUGUAAAGCGUCAGUUUGAGUUCUUAUAAGACGUGCUGAGCUGUAAUGUGUUAUUUGGUAGAGGAGGGAGAAACGGUGGGUUGAACCGUCAAACGGGACAGUGUUUUUAUCUUUAAUGAGCACUCGUGGCGGCAGACGCAAGAUAUAUAUCAGGUUUUGGGAGCAGCAGAAUGGAAUCAACAUUUGCACUUCUCUGUAAACUAGUAUUUAUAUAUAAUUCCAGUGACCGAGAUCAAUUACGAUAUCUAAAUCGACUAGGUAUCUGAUUAGGCAUCACGUAAAAGUGUCAGUAAUGUGGAUGAAACAGUGAAGAGAAGCGGGUUUAAACUGAGAUUCUGCACAUCAACAGCUUUAUCAGUGGAUUUGUUUCUGCACAAGGACUGCUUCUGUUGCUCCGUCAACGGCUGCACAAGCCUUCAAAACCAGCCGUCAUGUGCACUGUUGUGCCAUUCAGCUUUUACUCCAGUGUGUGUGUGUGUGGGUGCGUGUGCGUGCGUGCGUGCGCGUGUGUGCGCGUGUGUCGCUAUACACCAUGUGUGCAGUGUUUAGUUGGUUUAAUAGCUCGUGUUUAGUUUAUUAGCCUCUGUGGAGCCUGAAGGGGAAACCACUGCUCACUAAGAUUGUUUCAGAUGGACAAAUGUCAGGCUGAGUCGCAGCAUAAAGAACUGUGAUUAUUGUAAGGGCUUCGAAUCUAGCAUGAUGCAUGUGCACUGACGAAAAAAACAGUGUGUUUGUUUGUGCUGUGAGCCUCCGUGAAGCCAGUGCCACAACAAUGCCUAUUACUUUUCAAUGUGAAUAUUUUGCAAAUAAAAGUGAGACUCAAA